AUGGCGGAGGCUAGAUUUGGUGAGCAAACGGCCUCUAAAUGGGUGCUAAGUAUUCAAAGCUAUUUAUGGCAGGGUUCAGCUCAUACAGGCCCAGCUUUAACACCUGUAGAAGUGUUGGUUGCAAUCCAUGGAAUUGUUCCCGAGAAAGAUGGUCUUGCACUUAAGAAGAUAACAGAUGCUUGCUCGGCUUGUUUUGAACAACGUACAGUGUUCACUCAGCAGGUUCUGGCCAAGGCAUUGAAUCAGAUGGUUGAUCAAACACCGUUGCCCCUGCUUUUUAUGAGAACAGUUAUUCAGGCAGUUGAUGCUUUCCCUGCACUGGUUGAUUUUGUUAUGGAGAUACUCUCAAAACUUGUGACCAAACAGGUGUGGCGUAUGCCAAAACUUUGGGUUGGUUUCUUAAAAUGUAUAUAUCAGACGCAGCCACGUUCUUUUCAAGUAUUGUUGCAGUUGCCACCUCAACAACUGGAAAGUGCACUCAACAGGCAUGCUAAUCUCAGAGCGCCCCUUGCUUCUUAUGCCAACCAAUCAACUGUAAAAUCUUCAAUUAGUAGAUCAACUUUAGUUGUUCUUGGUCUUGCAAAUGAAACACAUGUGCAGCAACAUUUAUCAGCAUCAUUGCACCAUUCCGAGAAGGGUGCUUCAGUUAGUGGGGCAACUCUGACAUGAUAGUUGAGCGACUGACACAAAUUUAGUCCAUGGCAUGACAAUUUGAAAACAUGAUCGAUGAUAUCGGCCAAUUUCCGGGGUUUAUAGGCAACCAAAGAGAAAAAUCACAAAUAAAUAGUUCAUAUAGUGUGAGCCUCAACAGAUUGUUUGAACCAACCAGAAUGCAGCUUAUUGAGUGUUUAUAUAACCUAGUUGAAUCAAGGGCAUACAUUCUCAAUUAUAUCAACAAUGAGUUUCCUCUCCAUGAUUGGAACUUCAUUCCAGUGCUCCAGGAAAUCCCUCCAGCCUCCUUGCAUUGAUUGUAUCAUAGUUUUUUGCGGGUUUUCCGUUGUAACAUUAUUAUUCAUCCAAUUUUGAUGUUCUUUUUGGUUGCUUUUUCUGGUCAUGAAAUGUAACUGUCUUCAUAUGUGUAAGUCCAUGGUCAUCGUUCUCCAAAGGGUGUGAUAUAAUCCUGAAAAUGUUAAAAUGCAAUUAAGUUUAUGAAAGAAUCCUCAAUUCUAA